AUGUUUAUCUGUCUUACUUCUUCGGUAUUUAUUUCUCUCUCUCUCUCUCUCUCUCUCUCUCUCUCUCUCUAUCUAUCUAUCUAUUUAUCUAUCUAUCUGCAUCUCUAUGCUUUCUUGUUCUUCUUUGUUGUUGUCCACUCGCCAUUUUUCUUUUCUCCCCCUUUUCUAUAUUUUGUAAUUUAUUAUUUCCCUACUUCUUUUUUUGUUUUCUUCAUUUAUCUUCAUUCGUUUUCUUUCUUCGUUCAUUCUUUUUCACAUUCCACAUUUUUUGUUUUACCUUUUCUUAUUUCGAGUUUUCUUUGUAUAUUUGAAUUAAUUAAUCUUAUCUUUCGUUUUAUUUUCAUUUCUUCAUUCUUUCUUUAUCUUUUUUUCUUUCUUUCUCUUCUUUUUUCUCUUUUACUUUUAUUCGCAUUGAUGUCCCUUUCAUCUGUGCGCUAUUUAGUCUCUCUCUCUCUCUCUCUCUCUCUCUCUCUCAGUAUCUCUCUCUCUCAGCUGUCUCUCCUUUUCCAUCGCCUACCCUCGCCUUUUUAUUUUGUUUUCCCUCGGGAAAACCUGUUGCUAAUUGUGCACUUUGUUGAUUUCGUUCCUAGAUACAUCUCACUCACUCUCUCUCUCUCCCUAUUACUUUCUCUCUAUCUCUAUCUCUCUUUAUCUCUAUCCACAUCUCUCACUUUCUCCCUCUCUUUCUCUUUCUAUCCCUCUUUCUAUCCCUCUCGCACAUAUACACACGCGCUUUCAUUCUUACCAACGUUUUUCCCACUUGUUCUUUGUACUUUUUUUGCUAUUUUUUACUUCUCUCCAUUUUUGAAAAUUCGACAUCUUAUUACUUUAGUCUCUUUUUUCUUCUUUCCAUCUUUCCUUCUUCUCUAUUUGUGCCUUUCUUUCUCUUUUUUCAUUGUUACUCUCGAGCUUUCUCUCUGUCUGUCUGUCUGUCUCUCUCUCUCUCUUCCAAAAAUGUUUGGAAGAGAAAGAUUUUUGUGUCGCUUCUUUCUUUUUCUUCUUUCUCCUUUUCAAAUUUUCCACUACUUAUCUCUCUCUUUCACACACACAGACACACACACACACACACUCUCUCUCUCUCUCUCUCUCUCUCUCUCUCUCUCUCUUUCCACCUUAAUCAUGCAAUCUUUUCCUUCUGAGAAUCCUUUCACUAUCUUUUUCUCUUUGUUUGCGUUCCUUUUUGUUCUUUCUCUUUUCCUCUCUUUUGUUCGCCGAUAUUCACGUAUCGCCCUAUCUAUCGAUGUAUUUGACUUUCCUCAUUUCAUUUCACAAGUCUUUCAACCUAUUUCAAUAUUUGAUUCAUUCUUUAAUCUUCUUUCUAUCACUUCUCUACUUUUUCUUUUACCUUCACUCCAUCUCUCUUUCUCUCUUUCUCUCUCUCUCUCUCUCUCUUCCCUUUCCUCACUUAAUCAAUUUAUCUUAAACUGUCGACAUAUCGUAUACUUUUCGUUCUUUCCUAAUUUUUCCAUUACUCUCUCUCUCUCUCUUUCUCUAUCUAUCUAUCUAUCUAUCUAUCUAUCUAUCUAUCUAUCUAUCUAUCUAUCUAUCUAUGUGUCUCCUUCACUCUAUUCAUUAUCUAUCUAUCUAUCUAUCUACUUCACUCUAUUCAUAUCUAUUUCAGUCUAUUCAUAUCUAUGUAUCAAGGGGACGUUUUUCCUUUCUACACUUUUUUUUAUGUCUUUUACUAUCUCUAUCUCCUCUUCUUGUUGUUCUUCUUCUUGCCCUUUUUUCUUUUACCUUAUUGGUCAUCUAGUUUUUUUUCUUUCUUUCUUCACUUUCUUCUCUGUCUCUUUUUUCUUUUGCAUUUUCUCUUUCUCCUCUUUAUUUUCUCUUACAAGUCUCUUACCUCUUCAAUAUUUUCUGCUUUUCCUUCUUCCUUUCCUGCUUCCUUUCAUCUUCUUACUCAUUCUUCUCUUUUGCUCCGCUCCUCACAUCCAAGUAAUACUUCGAUCUACUUUUCUUCUUCCUCUUCUAAUCAAAUUUCUUUAUUCUUCAUAUUUUCGUCUUUUAAUAUCUUCUAUUUUCUUUUCCUUCUUUCUAAUUUUAUCAUCCUUUUUCUUUGUUCUUGGCCCUUUCUUAUUUUCUAAUUACCCCUUAAUUUUCUUGAUUAAUUUUUGUUUUCUUUUCAUUUUUCUGUUUUCUUCUUCUUCUUCUUCUUCUUCUUCUUCUUCUUCUUCUUCUUCUUCUUCUUCUCCUCCUCCUCCUCCUCCUCCUCCUCCUCCUCCUUCUUCUUCUUCUUCUUCUUCUUCUUCUUCUUCUUCUUCUUCUUCUUCACUGUCUUUAAUUUUCAAAUUUGCCUUCAUACUCUCUUUAUUUUCCCUCAGAUUUAAGUCACCAUGA